AUGGCCUCCAGGGGUGCGGGUCUUCCCUACAGGCAGCUGGUACGGGGCUCGCGCUCCACUACAGCUACCUGGGCGGCCCAACGAACAAUUAGUUACACCUCACCACUGCGCGCCGGCGAGAAGAGCGGAAUAGACAAGAAAGAUGGGCAAGAGGAAGAAGAGUCAAGUCGGCCGCGGCGUUCUUUCAUGUCGUCAAUCAGAGAGCGUCUCUUCAAGGGACAAAGUCACUCCGAGAAGCCGGCACCAAAACCCAUGAAACCUCCACAGAUCCAACGACAGGGCACACUAAGUACAGACUCCAUUUUUGCCGACGAUCCGAUCUUGACCGAGGAAGCCGAGCAGGCAGAAAAGAAGACUGGGCCCUCUCGGCUCGAAGAUCGAUUGCACAGUAAUAUGCAGAUGGUCCUCGAUCCCAGGCCCGAAGCACGCAAGCGGUGGGAGCGCAAGAUGAUUACACGCGAAAUCCGGAAACGAGGUCGUCUGACGAAGAAAGAGAUAAUCAUGGCGACGGAGCGCGAGUCGCUUGUCAAGUCUCACUGGUUCAAGACCUCGGUGAAGAAAUUGGGUCCCUUGGCACGACAGAUUGCAGGGAAGAACAUUGAUGAGGCGAUCCUGCAAAUGCGUCUGAGCAAGAAGAAGGUCGCCAAGGAUGUCAUGGAGCAUCUGGAAUUCGCCAAAAACACGGCUAUCGUCCGGUAUGGAAUGGGACUGGGCAAGGAAGGCGACCAAGCGCCGAAAAGCAACCCGAUUACAGUGAUCCUUAACGACGGCACCAAGAAGACUAUUACAGACCCGACUUCGAUCUAUAUCGCAGAAGCAUGGGUGAACCGAGGUCCAUUUGAUACCGGGCACGACCAUCGGGCGAGAGGAAAGAUUAAUCUGCUGCGCCUGCCUUACACUGGUUUGUCAGUGCGUCUCAAAGAGGAGAAGACCAGGAUUAGAGAAUGGAAAGACAGGGAGACAAGAGCGAAGCGUCAGCGCAAAUCCAUGCUGUGGGUGCAGUUGCCAGACCGGCCUAUUUCGGCUCAGAACCAGUACUACAGCUGGUAA